UACGCAUGUAUUUCAGAACCAGAAGCAGGAAUAAUCAAGGGGGAAAGGCAGAGGAGCCUGAGGCGUAUCACAGAAAUGAGAUGGGAUAGGAAGAAACAGAAGAAGAGAAAGAAAACUGUGUCUGAACACACAGGAAGAAGCAAGCCAAGCUUCAAGUGGAUUUAUGGGAAGUUGGAGAGGGCAAGACAGACAGCGAAAAUGAGGACAAUAUAAGGACGAGCGGCCGGCCGGGGCCCUUGGCGUGAGCGGCAAGCCAAUGAUGCCGGCCAAGCCCCAGCAUGAUCAUCCUGCACCUAACCAUGAAAGGGGAGGAAGCCCAUGGUCCAUGGCCCCGUCUUGCUUGCCCCGUUUUGCGUCCAACUCCCUCCCUCUUGUUAGUUACUGUAGGUUGUUAUCUACGGAGUAUCGUAUCGUGUUAUCAAUCAUCCACCCUCAUUUGUUUUUCUUCAUUUUUUUUCUUCUUUUUCUUUUACUUUUUCUUUCUCUUUCACCUUCCCCCCCUUCCCCCUCCUGCACUGCAUCCUAUCAGCUCACCCUUCCAAGGCCUGCCAAGGGCAGCUACACCGUGCUGAGGUCAUCGGCUUAUCUCCGACAUGAGGACUCGGAUCCCGCUCUUCUGUCGGUAUUUUUCAUUUAUUUUUAUCUUUAGAGGCUCGGCAAUCGGUUGAGUCGCAAAACACAGCAACAAUUGACGACGGGUGAUGAUUGAUGACCUUACUGUAUCUAUCCACUCCACUGGUGGGGCAUGAGGGCUGUUAAUCUGGGUUCCCGUCGAUCGA